UGGCCGGCGAGGCCCAGUCCACAGGCUCCGGAUACCCGGCCAGACGGAGGUGGUGAGUCGAGGCUGGCUUUGCGCCCAGAGCUGCAGUGGCGGCUGCCCCGGCGCCUGGCCGAACACCGCGGGUGCGGGAGCCCGCGCCCGGGAUCGCCACCUGUGCCGGCGCAGGGUGGGCUCCGGGUGCUCCAUGCUGCCAGCCCUGGGGCUGCUCAGCCGGCCCAGCGGCUCCUGCGAUGGCGGCGGAACAGGAGGAUACAGCGAGAGGUGAGGUUGAGGGCCCGGUGUCCCCAGGUAAAGUGUUGAUAGAGGACAACCUGUUCGUUGUUCCCAUGGUUACCAAUCACAUGAGCCCAUGGACAAAACCCACAGCUACUGGCUCCUUCAGCCCACAGGUGACAGAGUUCCCAAGAAAACGAAAAGGAAGUGAUUCAGAUCCUUCCCAAGAAGCUCACAGCCAGACUGAGAAGCGGAGGAGAGAUAGAAUGAAUAACCUGAUUGAAGAGCUGUCUGCAAUGGUUCCGCAGUGCAAGCGCCUGGCACGGAAACUGGACAAACUCACAGUUUUAAGGAUGGCCGUUCAACACUUCAGGGCUUUAAAAGGGAUUACAAAUUCUUAUACAGGAGAUAUUUAUCGACCUUCAUUUAUUCAGGAUAAUGAGCUCAGACACUUAAUCCUUAAGGCUGCAGAUGGCUUCCUGUUUGUGGUUGGAUGUGAAAGGGGAAAAAUUCUCUUCGUUUCUAAGUCAGUCUCCAAAAUACUUCAUUAUGAUCAGGCUAAUUUGACUGGGCAAAGCUUAUUUGACUUCUUACAUCCAAAAGAUGUUGCCAAAGUAAAGGAACAACUGUCUUCUUCUGAUAUUUCACCAAGAGAGAAGCUAAUAGAUGCCAAAACUGGUGUGCAGGUCCCCAGCGCCUCCCGUGUGGGAAGGAUACGCGCGUGCUCUGGCUCCAGGCGGUCCUUCUUCUGCCGGAUGAGGAGCUGCAAGGUCUCCGUCCAGGGCGAGAGUGAGAGCCUGCCUGACCCAAGGAGGAAAGAUCACAGAAAAUUCUGUACUAUCCACUGCACUGGGUACUUGAGAAGCUGGCCCCCGAGUAUCGUUGGAAUGGAAGAAGAAAGGGACAAUAAGAAAGACAGUAAUUUCACCUGCCUUGUUGCCGUUGGGAGAUUACAUCCACAUAUAGUCCCACAGAGCCGUGGGGAGAUUAAAGUGAAACCAACUGAAUUUAUAACGCGUUUUGCAGUGAACGGAAAAUUUCUCUAUGUGGACCAAAGGGCAACAGCAAUUUUAGGAUAUCUGCCUCAGGAACUGUUGGGAACUUCGUGCUAUGAAUAUUUUCAUCAAGACGACCAUAGUAAUUUGACUGACAAGCACAAAGCAGUUCUACAGAGUAAAGAGAAAAUAUUUACAGAUUCAUACAAAUUCAGAGUGAAAGAUGGCUCUUUUGUAACUUUAAGAAGCCAAUGGUUUAGUUUCACAAAUCCUUGGACCAAAGAACUGGAAUACAUUGUGUCUGUCAACACUUUAGUUUUGGGACACAGUGAGACUGGAGAAGCGGCCCCAUCACUUCCUUGCAGUGCUCAGUCAUUUGAAGAAUCCUCCAGAAGGUCCUGUAUAAGUGUGCCUGGAAUGUGUACUGGAACGGUGCUUGGUGCUGGCAGUAUCGGAACAGAUAUUGCAAAUGAAGUUCUGGACUUACAAAGGUUACAGUUUUCUUCAUCCCGCAGUUGUUCCAGCCCAACAGAUUUAAUGAACGAUAUUCACACUGUCAACUGCAGGAAUGUGUCAAGUAAGGAGUUGAUUCCACUAAGUCCUCCUGAAAUAGGGAAGCUGGAAGCUACAAGGCAAAACCACAGUGUUGUUGCUCCCCACAGCCAGGAACCCCUCCUAGGUGAUGGUGCCCAGCUGGAUUUUGAUGCCUUCUGUGACAACGAUGACACAGCCAUAGCUGCCUUCAUGAAUUACUUAGAAGCAGAGGGGGGUCUGGGGGACCCCGAGGACUUCAGUGACAUCCGAUGGACAAUUUAGCAUUUGAUUUUUAACUCCAAAAAUGAGAACAAUUUUGCAGCAUUUCCUUUACAAAACAAAAAACAAAAACAAAACCCUGUAUAUUCUUCUGUACUAUAUUGAUACUGUUUUUAUCCUUUAUUAUUAUUAAGGGUCCACCAAUUUUUAUAGACUUGCACCUACUCUCACAGGGGCCUGUGGAAAUGUGACAUUUUCCUUCAAACAGAACUGCUCAGAGUUGCCGACAGACCCCUUCAUUCAGUGAACUGGCUUUAAACCUGCUAGUUGCUAUUUUCACUAAAGUCUUUCUGACCAACAGCAUUCCAUGUAUCUUGUUUUAUUUUUUGAUGCAAUUUUUUGAGUUUGGGGAAUUUAAUAUGUUGGCAUUUUCCUUGUGCCUAAGAUACAUUUAGAAUUGACUCACAAUAGAUUUGUGUAAUUUGAAACAUUUCCACUUCUUGUGUGUUUCCUUAAAGUGACAGUGACAUUUAUAGUCGUGGUCACAGGAAAUACUGUGUUCGGUCUUUGCAGACUUGGGCAAGCACAGAGCCAGGAUGCUUAUGCCCAGCUGAGCACUCUGAGAUGGAUUUUAAAUGAGAUGAUUUCUGUUUAAAACUCAGAAAAGUUGAGAGGCUUCCAAGUUUGCUUACAGAAAAGGAAAGAUUUGGGGUCCUGGAUGUUAGUGAUUAACUGCUGCGUAUGUAAGAUUUACUCUUAAUAUAACCACCCAAGACUCCUUACAGAUAGAACAGGCUUUUGAUGCCGAAAUGGUACAUAGUAACCAAUUAUCUUAGAGGAAGAAACAGACCCAAGCAGAUUAAAUGUUUUGUGUAAAGACACAAUUAAAUUCAUAUUUUUUAGUGUUCAA